AUGGCUGCGGCUGCGGGCGGCGGAACCAAGGCGAGCGCCAACAUGUGGGCCGUGCUCGCCGACGAGGAUCCUGGCGACAACGAGGCAGCCAAGAUACGUGAGAGGGAGACCAAGGGCAGAGAAGCCGCGGAAUACAAGCACCAGCAGACGGUGGUGGCGGCGGCCUCGGAGGCCGCUGUCGGCAACGCGCAGAGCAGCGCCGCUGGGACGUACGGCCGCAACGAGAAGAAGGCGCGGAACGAGCGCAGCAGGAAGCAGAGGAAGAAGCUGCAGCCGGUAGCCGGCGGCAGUGAUACGCAGGCUGCUGCAUGCGGCCGUGGCGGCGGUCCUCAUCGCCUUCUGGGUGCAUGCUGCUGCGCCUCCUCACACCGCAGCAUGACCAUAGCUGCUGCCAAGGCAAUAUUUAUUAUAACAUGA